AUGGCAGAUCUCAAGUUGAAGUCUUUGAAGAUACCCAUUACUCUCACAGCCAUGGGGGGUGUGAGUCUGAGGGAAUCAUGGUGCUUCUGCAAAGGGGUGAGCAAGUCUGAGAGGAUGAAAGCUGCCAUCUUUACGGGGAAGGGUCAAGCCAUGGCCACAAUCACCGCCAUUUCUCCUAAUGGGGUUUCCGGUACCGGAUUUUUGAUCCACCGGAACCUUCUCCUGACCACUCACACUAAUCUUCCCUCGGUGGUCGCUGCCGACAGUGCCGAGAUCCGGCUGCACAAUGGUGUGGCUGCAACUCUUGUUCCUCAGAGGUUCUUCAUUACAAGUUCUGUAUUAGAUCUUACAAUUGUGGGUUUAGAUGAUGCGGAUGGGGACUCAAAUGCACAGGGUCAAUACCCUCACUACUUGAAGACCAGUUGUAAAGCCAAUCUAGAUCUGGGAAGUGUAGUUUACCUUUUAGGCUACACAGAAAAACAGGAGCUCACUGUUGGUGAAGGAAAGGUGGUCAUAGCCACUGACAAUCUCAUGAAAAUGUCAACUGAUGGAAUUCAAUGGAGUCCCGGUUCUGCAGGUUUUGACGCGCAUGGCAAUCUAGCUUUUAUGAUAUGUGAUCCUAUGAAGUUAGCCACGUCACCAAAUACCAAAUCGCCUUCAACUUCGUCAUCAUCAUCAUCCUCUUGGAAGAAAGACCUCCCCAUGCAAUUUGGCAUACCAAUUCCUGUCAUAUGCGAUUGGUUAAACCAGCAUUGGGAAGGAAACCUUGAUGAGCUUAACAAGCCGAAGUUACCAAUCAUGCGAUUGAUGUCUACUGGCCCCAAGAGCGAGCAUUCGUGUGCUUCCUUCACCCUGCGCCAAGUUUUCAAGUCAACAGAAGGCGAUGAUGAUGGUACCGCAUCUUCAUCGAACAAUGCAUCAAAGGCAAGGGAUCAAGGACCAAGCUCUUCUGCUGUUACCAACACAGUUGAAGAAGAAAGCUUGAUCACUAAUACAAAUGCUGCACAUGUACAGGGAAUUCCCACCCCAGAAAUAUACGAAUCUCCUAGAGUAACUGCUGUGCCACUCAGAAGGAAAGAAAACAUUCCAAUGCAGCUUUUGGACAUCAAUUUUCCUCCAAGGUCAGCCAAACCUGCAGUUUUGCCACAAUCAUCCAAACCAAAGUCAUCUGAAAAUCAUGCCAAAGACCCUUUGCCUGAAAACCAAGCAGAAGGAGAACAAAACAAACACACAAGGCCAACAACUCCUAUUCCAGAUGUUUCCUCAACAGGGUCUGUCAACGGUGCAGCUCAAAGCGAGGUUCAGUCUAGCUCUUCUCCCAUCGAUGUACCGGAGAUGCAAAAUGGAUACAGCAGCGAAGGAGAGACCAUGUACUCAGCAGAAACAGCAGAGAGCCGCAACUACACAAGCCCCAGAGAGUUGAAGUUUCAGCAAGUGGGAAGGAGCCAGAGUUGUGUGAGUUACAAUAGGUGGGGUGCUACCCCAAGAAGCCAAGUUGCACGUGGAAUGAUGGUGGAAAAUCAAAGAAGCUUUAUGCAUGUGAAGAGAAUGUACUCACAAGGUGCAGCAACUUCCCAGCGAAGCAAUGACUAUUUCAGCCCCACUGUCUCCUCAAUCAUGAAACGUAACAGCAGCUCAAGCAAGCCACCUCGGCAAACUCCUGUCCAUUCUCCUUCACCCAGAUGGAUGUUUUGA